GGCUCUCAAUUUUAAUCACUGGGCAAAGACAGGUGAUGAGUAGUUAAUUGUUGUUUGAAGAAGCAUAAAAGACUUGUAAAAUGAGCAAAAAGAAAAGCCCAAACCCCACCAACUUUUGAUAUGAUGAUAUAUCCAUCCAAAAACCUCAAUCUAAUCCAUACCCAUUUCCUUCCUACUUCCUCCCACAUCCCCAUCCCCAAUUAAUGCACGUGUUUCACUAUCUCCACUUAUAUAUAACCUCUCUUUCUUUUUUAAUUAACACUUCUCCUCCUUCUUCCUAAAAAAAAAAAAAAAAACUUUCUUCCUUCUUCCAAACAUGGCAUUAGUAAGAGAACGCAGACAAAUCAACCUCCGCCUUCCUCUACCUGAUAAAUCCCAACGCCGCCCUUCUUUCCCUUUACCCCUCCCUCCAUCUUCUCACUCCUCCACCACUACCACCACCUCCGCCGUCACAGUAACAACCACCACAACUUCUUCAUCUUCUUCCUUUUCAUCACUUUCUCUCUCCGACUUCACAAAACUCACCGUCCUCGGCAGCGGAAGUGGCGGAACUGUCUAUAAAGUAACCCACAAACAAAACGGCGGCGUGUACGCCUUGAAACUAAUCUCUUCCGACCCAAACCCAACUCACCUCCGUCAACUCUGCCGUGAAAAAGAAAUCCUCCGCCGUAUGAUCUCCUCCGAUUCCCCUUACAUCGUCCGAUGCCAUCGCGUCUUCGAAAAAUCCGACGGUGAUCUCGCAAUUCUGAUGGAACACAUGGACGGCGGCACACUAGAUCACACCCUGAAAAAAGAAGGAACCUUCUCUGAACCAUUACUUGCCAACGUGGCAUACCAGAUCCUAAACGGGUUAAAAUACCUUCACUCCCAUAAAAUAGUUCACAGAGAUAUAAAACCUUCGAACCUUCUAGUAAAUUCGAAAUGGGAAGUGAAGAUAUCAGACUUCGGUGUGGGAAGGAUCAUGGGUCGAACACUAGACCCGUGUAAUUCAUAUGUGGGUACUUGUGCUUAUAUGAGUCCAGAAAGGUUCGACCCGGAUACAUAUGGUGGGAAUUAUAAUGGAUAUGCUGCUGAUAUUUGGAGUUUGGGGCUUACUUUAAUGGAAUUGUAUUUGGGUUAUUUCCCAUUUUUAUUACCCGGUCAACGACCCGAUUGGGCUGCUUUAAUGUGUGCUAUUUGUUUUGGAGACCCGCCCACUUUGCCGGAGGGUCGUGGUUCAGAGGAUUUUCGGAGCUUUGUUAGUUGUUGUCUUCAGAAAGAGGCUGCUCAACGGUGGUCCGCCGCUCAAUUAUUAUCUCAUCCUUUUAUUUCUAAGAGUAGAUAACACAUUAUGAUUAUUAUAUGAUUAUUAUAUGAUUAUGAUAAUGUUAUAUCAAAAGGGAUUAUUAUUAUAUUAAGCGGUGGUCCAUAAAUUUGUUUAAUUUUUGAUUUUGAAGGAUAGGGAGUCACUUUCUGAGAGUAGUUGAUAGUGUUGUACAGUACAUUGCUAGCCCACUUAUGAAUGAAGGUUCUUCUAUCUUUGUCACUAUUA